GGACGAAGUGGUAAGUCUAUGCCAAUCAGCAUCGCUUCUAGGAUGGGUUUCACUGACAAUGUUUUUAACAGGCCCGCAUAAGGGCUGCGGGUCCUCAGCUCCACCUACAUCCCGCGUUCCGUCCCCAAGACCCGGUUACUCCUCAUCCAUCGAUGGCGUCCAACUCGAAGGGUGGUUCCAACUCGCAGAAAGGUUCCAACUCGCAGGGAGGUUCCAACUCGCAAGGUGGGUCUAACUCGCAGAGCGGUUCCACAAAUACUCAUCAUUCCCCGAUGCCACCCACCUCGAAUGGUGAGCGCCCUACGUUCGGUCACGAUGACGUUCUUCAACACUUCUCCUUCAAUACUCGCAUCGACCCGAAAAUCCCCGAUGUCAUGAAGCGCACUCUGGUCGCGCCGGGAGUUUUCUGUGGUAAUGACUUCAGAAACACCGCCAUCCAAGACUGCUGCAGAGAGCGUGGUUAUAUCUGUACCUUCUGCAACUUCGUCAUCUGCCAGAAGUGUGGCGCCACCUGUCGUGGCCCCAUCUGGUGCCUCAGGGCUGCGUGCAUGAGAUGCGCCGUCGCUUACAUCGACAAUGGUAAACCUUAUUGCUUGGAACACUUGACGGAACGUCUUGGUGAAGAAAAGCCUUGAGGGACAUGGAGUUGAAGACUUGACAAGGUAUGAAGGCCUGAUAGACCGACAGACGACGAUCGACAUAAUUCUGGAAGGAAGCUUCUUCCCAGAGGGUUUGGAUUGCAAGACACGUUGUCUUCCGCCACAAACUUUUGGUCUGUCAUGGUUUGGGAAGAAAGAACUAAGAAAAGAAAAAAAAAAAAAAAGAUGAUAAAGAAAACCCGAUAAAAA